AAGUGCAAUGAGCAAAAAAAUUUGUGGAAAAUGAUUCAUUUUAGCAGUAAAAACUGAGUUUUGACAGCUAAAAUAGCUUAGCGCAAUGUCGCGACCAUCGCUCACAUCUGCCGAGCCCAGUUCGCCCGUGCAAAAAGUAUGGAAGCCAGAAUUGUAUAAAAUACAAUUAGAAGCGCCUACGCCCAAACCCUUCCGCCGUACUCGUCCUUUGCCUUCGAAUAAUAUCAACAAUGAACCGCAUUGUUAUGGCACAGAAUAUUAUGGUGUAAUGGGCCAUCUUGACGCAGAGCAGCUCUUGUCCAAUAAGCCAGAUGGCACAUAUCUACUGCGUCGAAGUCCAAAUGCUUUAUGUGUCUUAAAAAUACAAUAA